CUUAAGUAUACAAGUCAUUUUCCUAAAGCAACACACGGUUCGUCAAAUUCUUGGCGACGUUUAGAAUUAUCGCGCGUUAUGUGGAUUCUUAGUUGUUUUAUAAUAAUUUACAGCUUAAAUGUGACUGUGCAAGGACUGCAAGCACAACACAAUAGACAGAGAAGAUACCUCAUAUUUACUCCUUUUACGCAAUGGGGGGUUUUUUCUACAGUAGCGGUGCCUUUAGAUACGGAAGCCACUGUGAGUGUCGCAUGGUUCUUCGAGGCAAACUACUAUACUGUCGACAAUGCGACGUGGUUGGAACCACUUUUGGGGGAUGUUGAAAUAAGCAAACGAGAACAUCGCAGUAUCGAUACUAGGAAGAUAUUGACAAGAAAAUAUUUCUACACAUUCAUAGAAAAUAUGCUUGAAAACCAUGGCCACCCGGGACAGCAUUGCCUGCUCAGAGCCAUUUGCGAGAAUGCCACCUCGCAUUUUCUGCAUAACGGCAUCCUAGGCGAUUUGCUUCACCUCCUACUUACACCGUCAACAUCGAUGUCAGAAGAUGAUAUAGAAGAUUGUUAUUAUGAAGCAGAGUACUGGGGCCUAGAAGACAAAUGUUACUACUAUGAAGAUGCUUGUUCGACAAGUCCUUUAGACUAUAUGUCUUUUACAUUAUAA